UGAAGCCGUGCUCCACGGCCCCUGUCCUCCUCCUCGAUAUUUAUUUGUGAUUUCUUUUGAAAGGACCGAGGCUGCUGAAUCGGUGGGAAUAUGAACCAACAGCAGAGAAUGGCCGCUGCAGGAACGGACAAAGAACUGAGCGACCUCCUCGACUUCAGCAUGAUGUUUCCCUUGCCUGUGGCCAAUGGCAAAAACAGACCCACGACGCUUGCGAGCACGCAGUUUGGUGGAUCAGGUUUGGAUGAGAGGCCGACCUCGGGUUCCUGGGGAACAGGAGAUCAAAACAGCUCCACGUUUGACCAAGUCCGGCAGGGCUAUGGCGAAGGCUCCCAUUACGGCGAACCCCGGGACCUCCCGCCUCAUAACAACAUAUCUUCAUCGCCAUUCCUGGGGUCCGGAAUCGUAGGGAAAGGUACCGAAAGAAGCUCUUACACGUUCGGGAGAGACCCGGGCAUGCCGACCCUCAAUCAGGCUGGCUUUCUUCCCAGUGAAAUAGGGAUUUCAAGUCCUAGCACACUUUCCCCGACAGGGGUGAAGAGCGGCUCUCAAUACUACCCGUUUCCGAACAACCCUCGUAGGAGAGGGGCAGACAGCAGUAUAGAUGGCCAACCUAAGAAGGUCCGAAAGGUGCCCCCAGGACUCCCCUCCUCGGUGUAUCCACCCAACUCAGGCGAUGACUACAGCAGGGAACCAGCAGGCUACGCUCCUUCCAAACCCCCCAGCACGGUUUACCCUGGAGCCUUCUACAUGCCAGACGGGCUGCACAAUUCGACCGACCUGUGGAGUUCUUCGAGCACCAUGGGCCAGUCCAAUUACGGAUCCAUUUUGGGCGCCUCCUCUUCCCCCCUCCCGCAGUCCGGCAACUUUGGUGGUCUCCACCAGCACGAACGGAUGAACUAUCAGAUGCAUUCAGGGGAAGUGAAUGGAGGGCUCCCAUCUGUCUCUGGGUUUUCCUCGGCCUCUACCCAGUAUGGAGUGUCUAGCCACACACCUCCAAUCGGAGGGACGGAAAGCGUGAUGGGUAACAGAGGAACCACCGCUGGUAGUUCAGGGGAUGCGCUCGGAAAGGCAUUGGCUUCAAUUUACUCCCCGGAUCACUCUAGCAAUAACUUCUCCUCGAAUCCAUCCACACCGGUGGGUUCCCCUCAGGGAAUAACAGGUUCUUCGCAGUGGCCCCGAUCAGGCGGACAGGGUGCCUUAUCCCCGAAUUACGAAGGGACCCUUCAUACUUUGCAAAACAAAAUGGAAGACCACUUGGACGAAGCUAUCCACGUCUUGAGGAGCCACGCUGUGGGCCAGAGCAACCACGGGGACAUCCACGGCUUGCUGGCUUCCGCGUCCGGGCACAGCACCUCGGUGGGCGGGCUCAACCAAGCCUUUCCCCCUGCCUCGGUCUUACCGAUUGCCAAUCGGCACUCAAGCUUGGUGGGAGGAGGUCACCCGGAAGACAGCCUCUCCAGCAAUCCCAGUCUCCUUCACAACCACGUUGCUCUCCCAGCCCAGACCAACGCGCUCCCGGAACUCAACCGAGGACAGUCAGAUGCCUUCAGCGGCUUGACGGGGGGCUUGGGGCGAGCCAGCGUCUCGUCGGGAACGAGCGAGAUCAAACUGGAAGACAAGGAGGACGACGAGAACACAUCCGUGGCGGACAACUCGGAGGAAGAGAAGAAAGAGCACAAGUCGUCCCGGAACAGAACAAGGUGCUCACUGAACAGCAGUACAGAUGAGGCGCUGUCAUUGGAGGACAAAGAUCUGAGGGACCGGGAGAGGCGGAUGGCCAAUAAUGCCAGGGAGAGGGUGCGAGUGCGGGACAUUAACGAGGCCUUUAAAGAGCUGGGACGCAUGUGCCAGAUGCACUUAAAAACAGACAAAGCGCAGACCAAACUCAUCAUCCUUCAACAAGCAGUGCAAGUCAUUCUGGGCUUGGAGCAGCAAGUACGAGAACGCAACCUGAACCCCAAGGCAGCCUGCUUGAAACGUCGCGAAGAGGAGAAGGUGUCUGGCGUGGUGGGUGACCCCCAGAUGGCACUGUCAGCAUCCCAUCCAGGUCUAGGAGAUGGGCACAACCCGGUGGGACAUAUGUAAAGAUGAUUCCUUUUCUUCUUCUGGGAGCAGACGUCUGUAGGAAGAAGGGAAGGGCGUGCCCUGCCCCUGCCCCGUUGGUCCCCACCAGAAACUGUAGCCCUUUUAAUACUGACGUACAGCAAUGGAUCUUCAGCAUGGUCAAAGGAACUUUUUUUUAAAGAAGGAAAGAAAGGACGGAAGACAAGGGAAGAAGCAACUUUAUCAAAAAACCAACAGCAAAGAUUGCCUUAAAGUGUAUAUUCUGGAACUGUCAAUGCAUAUCUUGAAUUUACUGAGGGGGCAUCGGGGAGGGGGGAGGGGGAAGCGUUAUAUUAAAAAUGGCUUGUUCACAAAAGGCCAGCAGAAGAAAUUGUGCCUAAGCGUAAUAUUUUUUUUAAAAAAAGAACAUUAGUUAACGUUAAUUUUUUUUAAAAAAAAAGUAGAACAAACAUAGCGAUGCUUUUUUGGGGUUUUUUUUUAAUUAGCUUCUUUUUGCAUAUAUGUUUUGUAAGUGAGGACGGAAAAAAAAUUGUGUACAAAAAAAAAGAUUUUUUUUUUGGUUUCCCAUCCUUUUGGUUAUUUUGUUUCCCCUGCUGCUGUUUUUAUAGUUAAUGUUGCAUAUUUUCUUUUCUUUUUUUUUCAAAGAAGAUUAACCGGAAAUAUAAAAAAAAAAUUGUACUAAGAGACUGGAUGUUUAAAAAAGAGGUCGCAUUUGGCUCCGUUAAGCCGCUCGAUGCAAAUUUAGGUAGGCGGACUAAUGAAUAUUUCUGUUUGGCUCAUAACUUCCUUGAUGGUGAAAGAAAUUCGGACUGUGUUGAUAACAUCCUUUUUGGCUUUUUUUUUCUGUCGGGAGGGGGGGAGGGCGGAGUAGAAGCCCCGUGUGAUAACAAGAGGCUCUGUGAUCUUGUCUGAGGAUCUGUCCUGAAGGGAUUCCUGGAACUCUUUCACCGUCUCCGCUCCUGAGAUUUUUCAAAUACUUUUCCGAGGACUGCAAAAAAAAAAGACGUAUCUCUCGGUUCCUUUUGAGCUGUGAGGAUAUCGCAUGGACCUCAAGAUCAACGCAUCAAAAUGCUGCGGGGGUGGGGGGAAGGAAGGAGGGACACGCAACAGCGUGCGCACGGCACUGGGUCUGCGGGAGGAGCCUUCAAAAGGUAUCCCAGAGGUGGAAAACUGUUCAUUUUAGAGCACUGGAGCGCGCUGGCAAGGAACAAAAACAGGAGAGCGGCGGCUAGAACAAAGAUCUCUUGGUGGACGGGGGCACCGAUGGAAAGGUAAGGAACAAAACGCUUCAUCCAGCAGACAAAGGGGAGCUGGAGACUGCACACGUUUAGGAAGAGAAGAUGCUUUUGGUGUGAAGAACAGAGUUUCAGCCACCCCCCGGGCUCAGCUGGAAGCCACAACUGGAAAUACACCCACACCUCUGGAGAUGCAUCAUUGUCCCCCUCAUCACCGUUCCAAGGUUGUUUUGGAACCCGUGUUGUCAUUUCAGGACAGCUGUGUCUCUUCCCCCCACCCAGAAUGCCCCAGAGUUAUCCCCAAGUGCUCUUCGGAGAGGCCUGCCCCUCUUUGUAGACUGAAAGGAAUGCCAUCAUCAUAUCCCUCCGCUUCCAGAUCAAUCUGCUGUGGGCAAGGCAGCGGGAGUCUCUAAUCCAGGCGCGGGGGUGAUUCAGCCGACGCAGGCCUCCUCUGGUGCAGCCGCUGCGUGAUUUUGACAAAUUGGGCCCAAGUUUGCAGGCUCAGUGGAGGGACCCAUCAUCUCGAAACGUGAGGUUCCAGAUCAUAGAAUUUUGCUUUGAGGUUGGUGGAGAGGAUGUUAUUCCGGAGGAUCGAUGGGGGAUCCCUGCUUUGAUACCCGCUGCAGCUAAUUUUCCUUGUGACAUUGAAAGAGGAGCUUAACGGGGAAGGGCGUUGCGUUUUGCUGAACCCGUCAACUUCGGCGUUUCGACUCUUUGGUCCUGACACUAACUUGGAUGAGAAGGCCAGUCUCUUUUGAUAGGUCAGGCUAUCGACUGGCCAAGAAUGCGCCCAGCGGAGCCCUUGGAUGCAUCUAUUCCAUCCCACGAUCUUACUCUGUUCCGGUCCUUUUAGUACUAGCUGUGCAGCAGAGGGAAUUCCUAUGUGCCUAGCGGAAAAAGAUCACUGAGGAAGAGGGGAAACACAACUACCCGUAUCACAAAGGUUGGCAGAAGGCGAGGGCAGGGCAGGAUGCAAGCAGAGUUUCUGGAGCAGGCUUUCCUAAUGCCACGAGGAAAGUUCCAAGGGAAUACGUCCCCAAGUCCCCUCCAGGCAAACCCCUGCGAAGGACAAAGCCUCCUGACUCUUAGUGCCCGACCUCCCGAAAUCUCUUUCCAAUCCACCCACUUAAAAAAGAGAGAGAGAAAAAGAAUGCUUCUUUUAUUGUUGUUUUUUCAAUGGUUCAUUUUGUUUGUUUUAGUUGUGUGGUGAUAUUUCUGUUCUGUUGAGCAGAGGUGGGAAACUCACCUUCCUAAGGGUGUGUCCACACUAGAAAUCGAAAACCCGGUUCAAACCAUGGCAUUUCUCCACCUAUAGCUUCUUGGUAAAAGGACCCUACGAUUUCCGUGAGGGAGCUGUCCUGGAGCCUCCGAUUUGCGAAUUUGGCACCCGUGGGAGCUGAAAGUGGUUUGAAACCUAUUAAAAGUUUGUAAUGUGGACACAUCCCAAAGAAUCUUGGGAUAUUUGUUUUUGUUUGGGUAGAGGGUUAAGAGUUUUAGGAGACGAAAAAGGGAUAUCCAGCAAAAAGAAGAAAAAGAAGUCUUAGGAGGAGCAGCAUUGUGGGGAAAUGAUUUUUUUUUAAAGAAAAUGGGGUUCAAGCAAUACAGAGAACAAAAAUGUAACUUGAUUCCCAUUAAACUAUAUUUUUUUAGGAGUGGGGGUGUUCCAUAUUUUUUAGCCCUUUUGGAUGUUUUGAGGGGUUUUUUUGUUAACAGGGCUUUUUAUAUAAAAAAUAAAAAAUUUAGUCUGCUUUUGGGGGGGGGGGAUGGCCCCGAUCCAGCUAAAGCGAGUCGUGACCGAGUCUCAUUAAAACAGUCGAGUUGCAAUGGACGUGUAAAUCCUGUCGUUUCAAUGGGACUUCAGACAUACCGAACUGCAGGCUGGAUCGUGGCCCUUGGUGUCUUGAUGCCUACAUGUAAGUCCAGCUGUACGUAACUGGCUGAGAUCCUUGUUAUUAAAAAAAUCCAGAUACACAUUAUAGUUUUGAAAAAUAUAUAUAUAGUAUAAAUAUAUAUAUAUAUGUAUGCCUAUCCCCAAAUUAAAAAAAGAAAAGCUUUUUGGGGAAGGGAGGAGGGGGUCAGGAUAGAGAGAGAGACAUUUUUUUUGGGACUGAAUCACAAUUUCUGGGACGGGAGGGGGAGCACGGGGUUAAAAUUGUGUUUCCGAGUGCCUCAAGAUAUGGAUUGUGUUCAUUUUUUAAAAAAAUAAUAAUAAUUUUAUACAAGUGUCAAGAAAAAAAACACAGCUGGCUGGAUUAUUUGGAAUUUUUAAAUAAUCCUUAACUUUUUUAAAAGUAGAAUUUUGAGAACUGUCCUGUAUAUAACAGUAAUGUAGCAAUAAAUGUGACAUUUUAUAACAAUAUUACUUUCCCCCCCCCCCCUCCCUGUAUCUGUCUUUCAGAUGUUGUAUACCUAUCAAUGAAAAAGUUGUAAUAAAGGGUUUACCUUGUACUAAA